CUUCCCCUCAAAACGAUGGCAAUGCAGCAAAAUGAAAGUGAAGAAAAGAUCAACGUUCGUGAUCGGCUUGUGGAUAACGUGCUGGAUCUAAGUCUGAUGAACAUUGCCAAAGUACCCGUGCAAGAAAUCAAACCACUCCGUCGUGCCACUGUGUUGGAUCUUUCAAACAAUCGCAUCACCAUCAUCGAGAGUAAUUUCACCGACCUCACGCAACUGACCCAGAUCGACCUGUCCAAAAAUCGCAUCACCUCGAUCUGCGAUGAUUUCGGUCUGCUAACCAACCUGCGGCGUUUGGAUUUGUACAAGAACCAGAUCACGAAGUUGCCGCUUACGUUCGGUCGGUUGAAGAAUCUCAAGUAUCUCGACUUGAAGGAGAAUCCGCUAAAUCCAACCUUUAAAAAGCUCAUCGGCACAUGCAGCGAUACUAGUGAUUGUCUAGCGGCUGCUUCACGGGCUGUGGAUUUUAUGAAACAGGUCGAAAGGCGCGUGGUGGACGACCGCACCAAGGAACGAAAGAUGCGGAACGGAGAAAAGCAGCCGGAAAAACCGAGCCUAGAGCUGAAAAAUGGAGCCGAGGACGUGGAAAACUCGGCAGCCGAAGAGCAAAAGGCUGGUGAGAAAACGAAACGCAGACGAAAGCAGGUGGCCACCCAAGCUGAUAGUGCCAACGGUAAUCAACCCAAAAGUAAGCUUAAAGCAGAAACGAAAGCUAAGUCGGUUACGGUUUCAACGGGGCUGCUGCAACACUCUUUGCUAUUUUGGGUGUCCAUGUUGAUUUUGCUGCUCGGUUCAUAUCUGCUCGUUACAAAAUAUAACGAUGUGCUUGCUAUGGCCCGCGAUAAGACGUUCCGAGAAGCACGCGAAACCAUUCUCGAAGAAUACAUCAAAUAA